ACAAGUCCUGUCAUCGUCAACACAAACCUUUAUGUUUUAUGGAAAAUGUUUGACUGUGCAGCAUGGAAGAAGAUAACAGAGACCAAAAACUAAAGGCCGGAAAAGAAAAAUUAGCCCAGUUUCAGAGGAAAAAGCGGAAGAAAAGGCCCCAUGGAAGAAAGGAGACUGGAGAAGGUGAUGGUUGCCAAGGGGAUGACUACACAUCACCUGGAGAAUACACUUCACCUGGGGAGGAGACAGUAGCUGAGUUAGCUGCAGACAAUGGAGUUACUUGGACGGUAGAACCCAUUCCAUUGACAACGCAAGAACAUCAUCCCACCAAUGUGUGUACAGUUCACCCUGAUGGAAAUCAACAGGUACCCUCAGGAGUCACUGAUUUCCAACAGAACAUCCCACCUAAUGAGGCGGUCAACUCUGUUAUAUACGGUCUUUCAACUAGCACUACCAAAGAUACAGACAUCGAGAGAUCUACUGGAAAUCCAAAUAACAAAUCUGAAGAAUCAGAAAAACAUUUUUUUGGUGGUUUUGCGAUUGGUUCCCAGCAGUCUCCAAUGUUUACCGAUGUCAAAAACCAAUCCUUGCCAUUAUGCACAAAUACUGGUUCCCAGGACAUAACAAAAACAGAAAAUGGUUCCCAUCAGUUUGUUAAUGGGUCUAACAGUAUGGGUGUUGGAGACCAGUCCUUGCCAUUUUGCACAAAUACUGGUACCCAGCAGUUGAUUAAUGGAUCCCAAGGCAAAGAACUUGUGGAUAAAAAUCAGGAGGACGAGAUUCAGGAGCUACAUCAUGUUGUUCAGUGGCUGCAGCUUCAGCUAACUACGAGUGACAGUGCCUUACGCAGCCAGGUAGACAAUCAAGAGAGAAGCGCUGCAGCUCUUCUACAAGCCAGAACAGAUAUCACCACACUCCAGAGCAACAUUCAGGAUAAGGAGAACCUUGUAACCAGUCUUGCAGAGAAACUGACUCUUAUAUCCACUGAGUAUAGCGCCCUCAAAGAGACAUAUGCACAAAUGAAAGAGGACACUGUGAAGAGUAAGGAAGGAGUGAAAGUGUUGACUGCUGAACAUGAGAAUGAGGUUAGAACAUUGGAACAAAGGUUUGAGGAAUUUAAGGGUAACUAUGAAGGGAGAAUUAAAGACUUGACAAAUGAAGUGCAGAAGGGUGAAAAGGAUAUGGCAGAUUUGAAAGAUAUUCUUGAGAAAACUAUUAAGAGUAAAGAAAGUUUAGCAGAAAACUGUGAAACAUUGAAAAAGGCAGCAAUCAUAGUGAAAGAAAAGCAUGAGGAAUUGCUAGCUGACAAAGAUUUGGAGAUUCAACAACUAAGAGAUGAACGAACCAUUUCUGAACAAGCUAACACUGAAAACAUUAGGGAAAUGGAAAGUAAAAUAUCCGUGUUAUGUUCUGAAAAUGGUCAAAUAAAGGUUUAUAUGGAACAGUUAGAAAAAGAAAAUUCUGAGAUGUUACAAGCAGUUCAGUUUGACAAAGACAAUAAAGCAAGUUUGAAGUCAUUGCAAGAUCAUUGUCAAGAAAUUGAGGCUUUAAAACAAGAAUUCAACAAUCAAUUGAGUCAAAAAAGUGCCAACUUGGAACAGAUCAUAGCAGAAAAUACUGUCCUUACUACUGAUAAUGGGAUGUUAGCUGGAGAAAUUGAAAACUUGAAGAAGGAUAUAUUGCUUGUAUGUGAUGAGAAUCAAAAACUGUUGGAUGAUAACAGUGUAUACAGGUCUCAGAUUUCUGACUAUGAGGCUAAAAUAAAUGAAGGGUUCACCAUUCUGGAAGAGAACCAUUCCCUACGUGUUCAAAAUGAUGAGUUGAAUAAUAAAAUCAACAAUCAGAAAGAUGUUAUUGCAGAACUUAAGAAUGAACUUGCCAGUUUUACAACAGAGAAUGCCCAACAUGUUGAAGUGAACAAAUCACUUACAUCUACUGUGGAAAGUUAUAAGAAGGACAAUGGUGAUUUGGAGACAGACAAAGACAAAUGUUUAACUGAGAUAGCAGCCUUGAGAUCUCAGAUAGACACUCUUUCUGAUGAAAAUAAGAGGUACAAAGAACAGGAUAAUGAUUUGCAGAAUAGGAUUGUCUUGUUAAAUAAAGAGAUCUCUAGCUUGAAAUCACAUCCGGUGAAUGUACCUGCUCAAAAUGACCAGUUUUUACCAGUGCAAGAAGAAACUGUUGUUAAAGAUGUACUUCAAAAUGUAGAAUGUGUUCAAAAACAUACCAUUUCUGGACAUAAGAACACUGAAAAUAGUGACCAAAGAAACUCACGAGAUGAAAAGGCUGAUGUAAUGAAUGAUACAGCAUAUGUCUCCCUGCAACACGAGUCCUCCACAGAAAACACCAUGGCACAAAAUGUAAACUUUCAAGAAACCAUCGAACAUUUACAACUUGAGCUAAACACCAUGAGAGAUGCACUCAGAGAGAAACUUAAUGAAUGUGAAUGUUUGAAAGACAACAUAAAAGCACUUGAAAUGUCGCAAGACAUUCAUAAGGUAGACAACCCUGCAUUUAUAAAAUCUGAUAAUAUGCCACUUAUUGAUCAAACAAGCAAUUUAGAAGAAGCCAGUUUGUCAAAAGAGGUGAAUGUGAGUAAUUCCAGUGAGACAGUGGAAAAUAAAGAGACAAAUACCACUACCUCUGACGAAGAUCUAACUGAGAGUGAAAAGUCUGAGGUAAGUGGAGUUAAGUUUACUGGUGGGAUUUUGGACCAGGAGGUCAACCUGCAUGCUUCUUCCUUUCCAAGUUGCCAUGGCGAUGUUGUCAUUCCGUUAGCUAGUUCUUCUGUUGGGAAUGUUCCCCCUGGUGACAGUGUUGUUGAUGUUUCAGUUGAUUUUGUUCAUCGUAAUAAGACUUUUCAGACUGACAUAAGCGCUGGUGCAGGAACUGGCAAUGAUGAUGUGGUUGACUUUGGAAUACAGAGCGCUUUUGGUAAAGAAGAAAUGGGUGAUGCAAAUAAGGAGUGUACACAAACUAGUGUAGAUGAGAAAGAUGUGUGUGACAUUAGUAAAGACAAUGUUUCAAAUGCCAUGAUGAUAGAAGCAUUGAAACUAACAAAUCGAGAAUUGAAAACUAAGAUUCAAGAAAUCAAUUCUGUAAGAUCUCAACUAGAAAGUGAAAAAGAGAAGUUAGUGUGGGAAAGAGAUGAACUGUUAAUAAGAGUUGAUGAACUGGAUAAGGAAGUUUUAUCAAUUAAGGCAGACAAAUGUGAUGUGGAGUUUGAAAAAGUGCAAUAUGAAGAAGAAUUGAACAGAGUCAAAGACAGACUUGAAUAUCUUGAAUCAUCAGAAAUUGAUGUGAUAGAAAUCAAAAACUUAGUGGAUAAACUGCAAGAGGAUAGAGAGGAUUUAUCCAAAGAAAAUGAAAAGCUUCAGUGUUCACUUUCAUUACAGUUAGAUGAGAAUGAGAGAGUGCUGGAAUUACUGGAAAAGAUGCAAAAGGAAAAUGGUGUUCUUCUUGAAAACUUUAAAAAGGUUUCAGAAGAAGUGGAAGAUCUCAGGGAUGAAGUUUUAAGUUCAAAGAAAAAGAAACUGGAAUUAGAAAGUGAAAUUGAAAGUAUGAGAUAUGAAAGAGAAGUAGCUGAAGAUCAGUUAAAUGGAGAGUUAGAUGGACUUUUGGAAGAAAAUUCUACUCUCAAAACUACAGUGCAAAUGAAGAAUUCUGAACUUGAUAUUGCUAAAAAUGAGGUUUUAAGGCUAAACAACAUGAUUUCAAGUCUAGAUGCACUCACUGAAGAUUCCAAUGUCUUAAAGACAAGAAAUGUUGAACUUGAAGAAACAUUUAAAGAUCUGUCAACUGAAAAUGAACAAAAUGUUUCAGAAAUAUUGGAUUUACAGAACAAGUUGUCGGAAGCAAAUGAACAGAAUGAAAUACUUCUCGAUAAAGUUGAGGAAUAUCAAAAAGUUGUCUGGGAUCUUGACAUUGAGAAAGGAGAAUUGUUAGAAUCUGCUGAAUAUGCCAAGCAAGAGUUGAACGAAAAAGGUAACAGCCAUGGAUUAGCUCUUGAAAAGUAUGAAAUGCAGUUAGAAGCACUAGAUCAAGAAAACUCCACUCUAAAAACAUUAGUUAUGCAAAAAAAUGAUGAAUUAGUACUAAAAACGGUCUGUGAAAAUGAAAAAGAUGAACUCACUGCAGAUAAUGCCAAGCUCAAUGUUAAGUUAAAAGAACUUGAAUAUGAAAUUUCAACCAUGAUGUCUGAAAAGGAAAAGGAAACUUUGAAAUUCACAAAGGAAUUAUCUGAACUUGAGAAGAAAUGUAAUAGCUUGGAAAGUAUUGUGUCUGAUAUGCAACAAAAGGAGGUGUAUUUUAAAGAUCAAAUAAAAGUAUAUGAACAAAUGGCAAGUGGACAUGGGAAAAACAAAGACAUAGAUGCAAUCAGUUCUCAGCUUGAACUUGAACAGAAGUAUAAAACGAAAGUUGAAAACGAUCUACGAAAACUUCAGAUCAAGUAUGAGGAAAUAGAAACACAAAAUAACGAAAUGCAAAGCACCGUGAUAAAACUGCAAAGAGAAAUUGACACUCAUACAAAAUCUAAUAAAGAACUUAGAGAAAAGCUUUGCGUUGUGUCUUCUGAGUUGGAACAGGAAAGUAAUAUGAAGCAAGCCCUAAAAAAAGAAAUACAAGCAGUUUCUAUUGAAAAGAAAGAUCUUGAAAAGACCUGUGAAAAACUAAAUAAGGAACUUUCAGAAUCAGGCUCACAGUUACAUCUCAUUGCAAUGAACAGAGAACAUGUCAAAACUCAGGUUGAUAUUCUUUCAGCUGAAGUUGAGAGAUUGUCUGCAGAAAGCAAUGAACUUUCUCUUACUCUUCAUGAGAAAACAAUGAUUAUCAGAAAGCAACAGAUUGAUCUCGAAACAUUGAAUGGUGAGUUUGAACAGCUCCUUUCUGAAAAGAACAAUUUAGAAACUUCAGUGGUAGAACUAAGUCAAAUAAGUUCAGAGUACAAAGAGGAAAAUUCCAAUUUGAUUUCAAUGGUAGAAAGUCUUGAAAGAGACUUUGAUGCUGUUAAGCUUGAAAAUGAAAAUUUGAAGGAAGUUAAUGAUGAAAUGAACAAAGAAUAUGCAUCAAAGGUCCAAUCACAAAGUAAAGUUGAAGAAAUCAGUGGUAAAAAUGAAACUUUAAGGCAACAAAAUGAUUCCCUUACAACUGAAGUUGCAGAGUUGAAACAAUUCAAUGAUGAGCUUUCUGUAACAGUUAAUAUUUUGAAAAGUAAGAUGGAGAUAGGAACUGAAACAAAACAAGAAAGUGAAGAAACUCACAGACAAGAAGUGGAGGAAUUAAAAAAUCAGAUAAGAAAACAUCAUGAUGAAAAUGAACAGCUUAAAAGACAAGAACAAGUACUUAUGCAAUCAUUACAGAGUAAAAAUGAAGAAUUAAAUAAUGCACAAAAUAUACAACAUGAUAGCUUUAGUGUUGAAUUGAAUGACUUACAAAGUCAAAUAAAGCAAUUGCUUAAAGACAAGGAAACUUUGCAGAAUAAGAACACAACUUUUGAGCUUGAACGGGCUGACAUUAUUACAACUAUAAAAUGUCUUGACAAAGAUAAUAUAGAGCUUAAGGAAGAAUUACAAGGAGUAAAACAAGUUCAGGAAGAACAACAUAGUGUAGAACAAGAGAAUAUCAAGCUCAAGGAAGAAAUAAGAAAAUUAAUGGAACAAAUAAGGAAACUCCAAGAGGAAGACAGUAUUGAGAAAGAUGAAAAGCAAGAAAAACACAUGGCUCCAAUAACUGAUGAGGGUAAUGUAGAGGAAGAAGAAGAAGUUCUUGAAAAACAUCAGUCUGCAUCAUUGCAGGGAGUUAAUACUGAUGAUAGGCAAUCAGAUAUAGAGGCAGGACUUUUUACAGAAAACAAUAGACUUGAUGCUGCCAACCGGGCUCUUGUUCAAGAAGUUGAAAGGUUAACUGAAGUAAACAAGGAACUGUAUUUAACUAUUGACUGUUUCGAAGGAAGAAUGAAAAGAUUAGAUACUUUAAUUGAAAUGACUAAAAGACCAGACGGUGCAGUUUCUGAAGAAAUUAAAGAAUUACAGAUAGAUGUUAAUAACCUCAAAGAGGAGAAAGAAGCACUAGAAAAGCAUGAACAGACGUUGACUGCAUCAAUGCAAGUAAUGCAAGAAAAAUAUGAAAAUCUGAACACUGAGUUAGAAGCAGCUCAGAGAUUUCUUACCGACGAACUUCAGCAUUGUCAAUCAGAAGUCAAAGACAAAACUGAAAGAAUUGAAGAUUUGGAAAGCAAAAACAAUGAAUUGGAGUUAGAAGUUAAGAAAGCCAAUCAAAUGCUUGACAAACUUGAAGAAGAAAAUAAAGAGUUACUUGACAUGAAAGAGAGAGUAAAAUCUGAAUGUGAUAGCUUAAAGCAUAGUCGGUCCCGUCUUCAAACAGAAAUACAGCAUUUGAGUAAGGUAAACAAAACUGUGCAGGCAGGAAAAGAGCAAUUAGAAACAUUCUUGCAUGAACAGACAGACAUUAAUGAUCAGAUGAAACAAUCGUUGACAUGCAUCGAAGCUGAAAAUGAAAAACUUAAAAUUGAAAACUCAGAUCUCGCAAACAAACUUAAGGUUAUUAAAGAAGAAAAAGAAAAUGCAUCUAAGCAAGAAAAUGGGAAACAAACCUCUGGUGAUGUGGAAAUGGAGGCACUGAAAGAAGAAAAUGCACGGCUAAAUGCUCAUAUAUCAGAGUUAAAGACUAUUGGUGAAACAAAUACUGAUCAGAGUAUGAGUUUAGAGUAUGGAAUGAUGUCUGAAAACCACAGACUGAAUACUGCCAAUAGUGCUUUAGUCCAGGAGGUCGAAAGAUUGACAGCAGUUAACAGAGAGCUGUAUCUAACAGUUACCUCAUUUGAAGAAAGAAUGGAGAGGCUGGAUGCUAUUGUUGAAAAACAGGCAUUGAAGGAUAAUGACCCUGCUCAUGAAAAACUUGAAGUACUAAAGAUCGAUAUUGACAAAAUCAAAACUGAGAAAGCAGCACUUGAAAAAAGAGAGCAGGACUUAAGAGCAUCUUUUGAAACCCUGCAAGAAAAAUAUGAAAAUCUGAAUUCAGAAAUGGAAACAACACAAAGAAUCCUGGACAAAGAACUACAUCAUUUUCAGGAACAAAUGGAAGAUAGUAAUGGAAGGGUUGAAGAGUUGGAAAGGCAAAAUGAUGAAAUGAAAAAUGAGAAUAGCAAAAACAUCAAGCUUAUUGAAAAAAUUGAGCAAGCAAAUAUGAAGUUGAAUGUUUUGUUUGACAAUAUUCUAGAGGAAAAUGAGCAGUUGAAAGAUUAUAAGGUUCAAUGUAAAAAGGAAUCAGAUGAAAAUAAAGCCACAGUCGAAAAACUUCAAACAGAAAAUGCAGAAAUCGUGGCUGUUAAUGAUCAACAAAGCAUUAAGAAUUCACAGCUUUCUGAUGAAAAUGCGUCCUUGCAGCAAGUCGUGGCAGAGUUAAAAAGGGAUGUUUCAGAAAAUGAAUCAUUGCGGGAAGAAAAUAGAAAGCUGACAGAACGUAUAUCACAUUUGGAAAAUGAAAAGGUUGAUCAGUUUAUUCUUAAUGAAAAUAUGAAGCUAACAGCAGAAAACAAAACAUUAGAUAACGAAGCAGGAAAGUUACGAGAGAAAAAUGAGGAGUUACAGGUUAGAGUAUGUAAUUUUGAAGAGAGAAUGCAGAAACUGGAUGAAAUCUUUGAGCAGACAAAGGCAAUGGCUGAUGAUGACACCAUGUCUGUUCAGAUUCAAGAAUUACACAAGAAAAUAGCCAGUAUACAGAGGGAAAAGGAAUCGCUUGAAAAGAUAACAAAAGAACUCACUACUACUUUACAUGACAUGCAAAGUAAAUAUGAAGAAGUCAAAUCUGAAAUGGAGUCAACAAAAAGAAAUUGUGAUAAAGAAAUUCAUCUGCUUCAAAACCAGCUUAGGGAAAUGAAUAGCGAUGUUGGUGAGCUGAGGAAGAUGUUAGACUUUAUGGAAGCUGAAAUGUACAGUACCGCAGAAGAGAAACUUCAACUUAAAGCAAAACUGGAAAGAGAACAAUCUAGGCUAAAUGAACUUCAUGAGCAAAAGUUAAGACUUGAAGAAAUAUUAGAUGACAAACAGCAAAAGGAUAUGAAGAACAUGAAAAUGGUUAAUCAAAAACAAAAAAAUACGAAGAAUGUCCAAGUAGUCCAAGCAAGAGUGAUACCUGACAAUGAUACUGCAGCACAAACUGCUUCUAACAAUGAUGAUAAUGUGGCGGGUGAACAAGAAAGUCAGCAGGUUACAGUUGCUCAGUUUGCUCAAGCAAUAUCUGCAAUGACAGAAUCUCUUGCAGAUCUCAAUGAGGCAUAUGAUCUACAAUCAGAAGUGGAAGAUGAUAACAUUCCUUCAUUCAAUAGAGCAUACCAUAUGCUUGAUCUUGGAUCAAAUGACUCCAGUUUCCAUAAAUUUACCCAAACAAACAUUACAAUAGCAGAAUCAGAGUCUUCAGCUUUCUUGUUAGAUGAUAAUGGUGGAUUUCAUGAAAAUUGUAAAGAUGUUUGUACCAUUGAUGCUGAAAUCCAGACUGAGGAAAUUCUUCAGUUUGAAGAAAUGCAAGAAAUGGAUGAAUUCUUUGACGAGAAUGAAACAAAAGAUGACAGUGAAAAAGAUAUUGAUGAAAUCAUGAUGAGUGAAAGAUCAGCAGAUACUGAAUAUGUACAAGGGGUCAAAACUACUGGUAUCAUUGUUUCAGCAAAUGAAGAGGGAAAUAAUUCCUCAAUCUCAAAAGAACAUCAUCCAAGGACAGUAGAUGCUUCUUGUCAGUAUGACAUCUCACAUGAUCAUGAACAAGGACUCAAUUUUGGACACCAUGCUGGGGCAGAUGGGGGUCAGGAUAGUGACAAUUCUGACAGUGAACAAUGUAGGGAAGAUGUAUCCAUCAUUUCAGCAGAUAGUGGUAUCAUUUCAACAGCUCUGCUGCAGACUGACUAUUUUGAAGUUGCUGAACAUUUUGAACAAGAGCUUUCAUCAGAUAAUGAAUCAGAAAUAACAGUUCCGGGUGAAAUGGAAGUAAUAGGUGAAAUAGAUUUACAAGCAGCUUCUGGAUUCCUUGAAAUGGUAGACAGAGAAACACAGACUGAUGCUAGUCCUUCAAAUGAAGAUCUGAAUGAUAAUGAGUCCUAUGAAGCUGAUGUUGCUGAAACUACUGCAGAACUUGAAGUAAAGCUAAGGGAAAAAGAGGCUGAAAUUGAAAAAAGACUCCUGCAGAAAUAUGAAGAUAGAGAACAGAACAUAUCUUUACUUGAGGAAAACUUUGAAUCAAGAAUGAAACAGAUUGAAUAUGAAAUAGAAGAUAAUUACAUACAAAAAGUCAGAGACAGAGAAGUUGAAAUUGCUCUUGAAUGUGAAAUGAAGAAAAGAAAAGCUAUUGAGGAAAUGACUUUGGAAACGGAGAGAAAAAUAGAAAGAAUAAAGAUGGAGAAAGAUCAACAGUUUGUAGAGACUUUGCAGAAAGUAAAGGCUGACUUUGACAGAAAAGAGAGGAGUCGAAGUCGUAGAAGUCGUCAACAUGUAUCCAGUGACAGAGCAACAGAAGGUCAAGAACAGUCCGCUCUUGGACCAGAAGGAGAUAUGGGGGAGCACCUUGACCAUCUGCAGCAAGAAAAUCAGGAGCUGGCUUCAGUUAGAGAUGACCUUGUUCAUCAAAUAGAGGUGAUACAUGAGGAACAGGAAAUACUUUUUGAACACCUGCUUGGCAUUAUGGGUGAACAAAGUAAUAAUUCCCAGGAUUCCAGUGAUCAGCAGGCAUCAUCUUGGCUGGAGAGAGAAAUGGCCCCAGAAUUGUCUUUUGGAAGUACAAGAAGAUCUAGCAGUCUCCAUAAUCUAAGCAGUUUUGAUCCAUCAUUAUUAUGUUCAAAUAAGGAAUGUUUAAAUGUAAGAACAAAGUAUGAAACCCUGAUGGACAAAAUCAGGCAAUUUUUGACAUUCAGAAGGACUACAAAAUAUGAAGACCGUAAAGAAGAUUUUGUUAAACCAAAAGAAGAAAAUUCAACUGGUGGGUUUUCAAAUGACCAGGAUGGUGAUAAAUUUGUAGAAAAUGUAGAUGAUGACGGUCAGAUGCUGCAAAGAAUUACCUCUCAAUACCUGGAACAUUGUUUUCCACAAUCUAAACAGGGAAAGGACAAUGAAGGUUUUGUUGCUGAGUCUGGUGACAAUGUUACCAACAACAACAUUGUUGAUAUGAUUGUGAAAGAAUCUAAAAAUGUAGUGGAACAAGAAGGACAUUUUUCAGAAAAUGAAACGGACAAUGAUGAUGAUGAAAAGCUUGAUGGAUCAUAUCUGCCAAGAAAAACUGAGAAGAAUAAAUUGAGAAAGAAAUUUAAAAGUUUCAUUGUGACAAAAGCAGAUAGUAAUGGCUUUUUUUCAGAAGAUGAACAGGACAUAGAUAUUGUUUCCCCAAAGAAACGACAUUUUUCUGAGUCUGAUGCAGUACAAAAAGAUGACAAAGUGUUUAAGCAAAUUGACACAUCCAAAAGUGAUAAUGCUGAGGGCCAGUUUGUAUUUGAAGCACACGCUGCAGAUGAAAUAGAGGAUCCUCAAAGUUUAUCUGAUGAAGAAGUAUUUACAUCGGAAAUUUUGGAGGAAAGCGAGCAGAAAAUUUUAGAAAAAGUUCUUCAUGCCCAAGGAAGUCAACUAGAAACAGAUCAGUUUGUAAGUGAACUUCUAAGUUCUGAAGAGAAACCUCCAGGGACUGAAGAGCUCAAUAUGAACAUUACAAUUGACUCCAAAACUGGUGAGGAAAGUGGUGAUUUCUUUGAAGAAAAUAGUUCAAAGCAAAUAAGACCUUUUAGGCCUGUGGACAUUGUAAAAGAGGAUAGCAAGGAUGAAGAUACCAAUAUAGAUACUGAAUAUGGCAAAUUUGACUCUGGUGACAUUCUUGAAACCAUUACUCCAGUAGAAUUUAAUCAAACAAAUAUGUCUAGUAGAGAACAGAUGCCAUGUCCUGAAGAAGUUCAAGAAAUGUUUGUAUCUGAAACUGUUCCAUUAACUGAUACAAGAAACAACAGAACUCUUGACAGUAGCCUUAUUUCUCAUUCUAAGAGUCCAAGAAGGGAUUUAAGUGAAGAAAAAGACAUUGCUGAAGGAGACCGGUCAUCAACAGCAGAAUCAGUUGAUCAAGGAAGGCAGAGUUACGAGAAUGCGGUGUUUGAUAUUUUAAAUGCAAUAUGUCCAGGGACAGACCCAAGUCGGGUUCCGGAGAAUGUUAGGGAAAACUCACUUCUUUAUCGUCCAAAUUUUACUAACGUUGAACAAACAACGCAUGAGUUUAGUGACCUACCUGUUGAAAGUGAUUUACAAGAUCUCAAAGUAAUGUACAAGCAGUUACAGUCAAAUUAUGAAAAACUGAAAGAUGAUCAUAAUGAACUGCUUAAGAAAGUAAGUCAUGAUGAUCAAGAAAUUCAAAGGGUUUCUGGUGUUGAGGCAAGUAAAUAUGAGCAUGUUCAAGAAGAGAAUGAAAAUGUUAAAGCAGAACUAUUUCAGCUCAAGAAGAAAAAUGAGCAGUUAAACAUUGAUGUUGAAAAUCUAGCACCGCUAUCUGUAGAAAAUGAAAGGUUAAGGCAAGAAGUUGAUGAACUAAAAGAAGAUAUUGCAUUUGUCACUGAUGAAAUAGAAAAGAAGACUGAAGCUUUGAUUACAUUACAACAGUCUUUUAACGUUGAUAAGUCAGAAGUAAGUUCCCAAGUAGAGACAGAUAGAGAUGAAAUGGAGAUAAUUAGAAAUGAGCUACUAUCACUUCAGCAAGAAAACUCUUCAUUAAAAUCAGAGACUGCUCAACUUUCAACUUUGACUAAAGACAAUCAUUCUCUAAAAGAUCAAAUAAAAGCAGUUGAAAAUGAAAAAGAAACUCUAAAGAAAGGUUUUGAAGAUGCAGGCAGGUUGGUUAUAGAAGAGAAAGAACGAUUGGAGAAAACAUUGUUGGCUCAUGCCGAAAUGUAUGAUAAACUUGAAAAAGACUUUACUGAUCUUAUGGAGGAGAAGGCAGAUAUACUAAAUGCCUUUCAAGAAAAGACUCAAACUGAAAGAGAAGUUAUUGAUGAAAAGGAUGACUUGACUAAACAAGUUUGCAAUCUCAAAUCUGAGAUGACUGCUUUAAAUGAAAAGUUGGAGUUAUCAAAUAGUGACAAUAAUGGUUAUCAACAGACUAUACAGUUACUGAAAUGUGAGAAAGAAGAGUUAAAUACACAAAUUCAAGAAAUUGAAAAAAACAGACAACAGCUUGUUGAGUUUCUUGAAGGGAAGACAAAAGUUGUAAGUGAAUUGACUGCUGUAAAUGAAACACUUAGCGCUCAUGUUAGUGAUCUAGAAAAUAAAGUGGAAACCAUGUUGCCUAUAAUCAGUAAACUAGAAUAUAAGGUUGGUGAUUUGAGUAAAGAAAAUGGUGACCUGAAGGAAUAUGUCUCCUGGAAUGAUGCUUUAAAGGAAGAAAUUGAUGAUUUAAAAACUGAAAAGUCAAGUCUACUAGAACAGUUAAGUGACAAAACUAAUGUCAUUGAACUUCAAGAGAUAUCUAUGAAAGAAAUUGAAGAAUUAAAGGAACAGAACUCUACACUACAUAGAAGCAAUGAAGAAAAUGAAUUAGUUUUAAGUGAUCUUAGAAAUGAGGUAAGAUCAUUACAAAUUGCCAACCAAGGUAACACCAUUAGAAAUGCAUCUUCUGUUUCAAUACAAACAGGUACACUUUUGUCUGUAGAAAGAAAGGAAGAUGAUGAAGUCAAAGGACAUCAAGCUUCAGCAAGUUAUGAUUCAAAAACUGAUGAUGCUGAAACAGACAUACAAGCUGUCACAGUCUUCGCAAAUGACAAACCACCUGAUAAUGCUGCAUUAGAUCUGAAAAAAGUUGAGCCACAUGUAGAAAAAAGAAAACGUUUUAAGAAGCAGAGAACAAAGAAGUUUGAAAAUUUGGACCUUAGAACAUCUAGUGUGGACAAAGCAACUGAAACAGAAGUGUUUAAAAUGCCAAGCUUUGAUUGUAGCACUGACACUUAUGAUCUCCUUGUUUUGCAAAAGCAGGACAGCACCUUUGGCAGUUUUGAUGUUGGCAUUGAUUGUAAUUUAACAGCAGUACCCUACCAAGGUAGUGAAAAUGUUAUUAGUCUUAAAGAAGAAGUAGAUUCUCUGAAAAGGCAAAAUUCAAGUUUGAAAGAAAAAAUCGACAGCAUAGAGGCUAGGUCGGAAAGUGACACUGAUGUACAGAUCCUUGAAGAUAUGCGGGAUGCUAUAAAGACAUUAAAGUUUGAAAAAGCUUCAAUGGUGAGGCAGAAGAGUGAAGUGUCUGAUACUCUGGAAAGUGACAAUAAAAGAUUGCAAAGUGAAAUAGAAGAACUCUUGAUUCAGAAUGAUAAAUUGAGAGGAAAACUAAAGAAGCAAGAAGAUUCUCUAAAGAAGGAAAAUCGGGAGGUCCUGCAGAUGUACAAUGACCUAAGAAAUGAAGUAGAGAUUCUAGUGAUCUCUAAGCAUGACUUAGAGAUAGAGCUGCAUGUGUUAAAGGACCUCUUAGAACAGGAAUCACUGAGUCCACAAAGAUCAGUGGAUCUGGAUCACAGCAGAGAGCUCACAGAUGAAGAUGUAGAGGACAUGGAACAAUUGAAAAACAGCAUCGAUAAACUUAAGAGGGACUUAAGAGAAAAAGACAUAUAUGUUAAGCAGCUGGAACAUCAUUUUCUUCUGGCUGAAAAAGAUUCCCCUGGUUUAACAUCAACACCGAGACCUCUUGCAAGUAGAGGCAGUCCGAUUUUGUCCAAAAUAUUCAAGAAGAGAUCAAGGUUGGCUAAUUUAAGCAGAAGAGCAUACAGUCAUGAUAUUGAAACUGAUUGCGAUAGUCAUGUCCUUAGCCCUUCCACAAGCUUUAAGAGCAUUCAGGAAAAUGAAACAGGGAUUGGCAAGCAUUCUGAAAACUCUUUACAUUUAAGUGAUGCAGGUCAGAACAUGUCCUCAGAUAGAAGCUUUGGAGAGAGAUUAAAAGAACCAGCUAGAACCUUAACUGGUUCGUUGCUGUCACCUGAAACUUCGAUGGUGAGAUCAGGAAGCUUGAAUGACAGCUUUGAAGUAAUUGAAAGAAUAAAGUCUGGGCUAAGAGCAGAUGAAGAUGGACAUUUGGCUUUAGAACUGAAGCAGUAUGAACUUGUAGGUGAAAUAACAACUCUUAGAAGAGAAUUGAGAGAGACCAAAGCUUUGUAUUCUAAAGAAACAGAACUGUUGUCGGAAGAGUUAGUUAAAGAGAGAGUUUCUAAGGAAAUGAAACAAAGGCAUGCAUCUGGGCUAAGUUUGGAAUCAAAUGUGGCCCAAGAUUUUCUGAAACUUAGACAAGAGGUUGCACGACUAAGAGAAGAGAACAAAAUGCUGAUUAUUGAUAAUGAUAAAUGGAUAGAGAGACUCAAAGAACAGGAACAGAUUGUCCUUGACUUGAAAGAAAGAAUUGCUAGAAAUACAAGUGGGUAUGGUGAAACUGAGGAGGUUUUUGGAAGGCAAAUGGCAUUACUUCAGAAACAAAGGGAAGAACUAUUAAGCAAAUUAAAAGACACAGAUGUCAAAUACUUCUCCUUGUCGAAAGAGCUUGGUGAAAAGGGUAUAAUUGAAGAAACUUUAAGGAAAGAAAAACAGAACCUAGCUGCUAAGUUAGAAGAAAAGGAACAGGUUGAAAAAGAGUUAUUAGAAUCAAAAAUGUUGUUGGAAAAGCAGAGAGAAAAAGAACAAGAAUUUGAGGAAACAAUCUACAGAAAAGAUAUGAAUGAAAUACAACUGAUGAGGCAAAAACGACUGUUGGAAGAAGAGCUGAGAGAAAUUGAGGCUAAGUUUAGGGACAAGGAAGAAAGUUUAGACUAUGAGAAAAAUAGGUUGCUAGAAGAACUUAGAGUGACUAACACUACCAGUCGUGCAUCAUUGACAGAGCAUGAUGAAGAUAUGUCUACUGUGAGUACCGAACUGACUGGAUUUGCAGAUCGGAAUGUGGGACGUUUAGAAAUUAUGUUAGCGGAGGUAGAGCGUCAGCACUCUGUUGCCGUGGGCGUUCUGAAGGAACAACUGGAGUCGAAAUAUAAACGACGGGAACAGAAAAUGAAGGAACACCACGGAAUGGAACUGGACAAAGCGAAGAAAGACGUCUCAAAUAAGGUUACCUGAGCAACACAAUAUGCACGUGCAUAAAUCAUAUCACACAUGACUACUUCUACACUUAGUGUUGUAAUUUUAUAUGGGCUAAGGAACAAUGUAUUUCACAUUUGUGUAAGUUAUAUCAUCUUUUUGUUUGUGUGCACUUUUGUGUGCCAUUUUUCUUGGGUUUCAUAGAUUUUCAUUUAGAAUGACAUUGAAAGUUUGUUCAUAUUUGAAGAAAUGUGCUAUGUAUAAUGGUCCUUAACUGUAAAAGAUGAUUUCAAACAUUGCCAAAACUAUAUUUUAUUAUUCUAUGAGCUUAUAUAUAUUGCGUUGAACCAUUUUAAACCAUGUUACCCAUUUUGUAUGCAUCAAACAAUUGUAUAACUAUGCAUGUUUAGGUAUAAGGGAUAUGUACUGUAAUCAUGCAGUUUUGUUUUUGUUGUUUUAAAAGCAAAUCUUUUUGAAAUAUUGGCAUGUAAAUUACCAUAGUAAUGUCUAGCUAAGCAUGUGACAUGUUGAAUUUUGGACUUUCAGUUACAUUGGUUUUUAUGCAGGUUAUUUUUUUAUCUUUGACAUUUUCCUUUUUAUAGCGAUUAAACCUCAGACCUGUAUUUUCAAUGAAUUUUGGCUAUGUUUUGAUUUCUUUUUUCAAAAUUUUGACCUAUACUUUUUCCUUGAUGUUGCAUGUAAUCUUGUUUAAAAAACAAUCAAACUCCAUUUAAUCAUUCAGUGGUACAAAUUUGUACAAGCGAACCCUUUUAUGGGUAUGUGUAUGUGUGAACUUUUUGUGGGCUAUGUCAUCCAGGUACUUGUACAUUGUACAAUAUUAACAGAACUUAAACAUGUACAAUAAGGAAAGAGCAAAUGAUUUUAUGUGAGUAACAGGGAUCCUACAAGAGAAAGGUUUAAGAGAAAUUGCGCAAAGAACUUUUAAAGUUUAACCUGUAUGGGUAGCAAUACGUUGAAGAACACAAUCAUACACGUCAUGUUUCAUAAAAUCUCUUAUCUAUUGUAUUCAUUCUGGUUGCCUUUUACUGCUAGUUAUUCUAUUGAUGGGAGAUAACUAUGUGUGCACUAUGAUUAUUUUAUCAAAGGGAGAUAACUCUGUAUGCACUAUAAUUAUUUUAUGAAAGGGAGAUAACUAUGUGUGUACUAUGAUUAUUUUAUCAAAGGUUUAUCAUUGUGUACACUGAUUAUUUUAUCGAAUGCAGAUAACUCUGUGUACACUAUGAUUAUUUUAUCGAAUGCAGAUAACUCUGUGUGCACCAUGAUUAUUUUAUAGAAUGAAGAUAACUCUGAGUGCCCCAUGAUUAUUUUAUGGAAGGGAGAUAACUAUGUGUUUACUAUGAUUAUUUUAUGAAAGGGAGAUAACUCAGUGUGCACUGAUUUUUUUUAUCAAAGGGGUAUCUCUGUGUGCACUAUGAUUAUUUUAUCGAAUGCAGAUAACUGUGUGCACUACGAUUAUUUUAUCAAAGGGAGGUAACUAUGUGCGCACUAUGAUUAUUUUAUCAAGGGAGAUAACUCUGUCUAAACUAAACUGCUAAUCAUUUAAUCAAAGGGAGAUUACACUGUGAUAAUAUGUGCCUUUCCCCUCCCUUUUUUACAUUUUGAUGUCCGUAUAAAUGAAAUAAAAUGUAAUUUUGUAUGUACUGAACCAUUGUUUUAUUGAAGAAAACUUUUUAAGUUGUUUGUUAAAUUUGUGAUAAAAUUGUACUAACAUUAAAUUAAUUUAUUAUUUUAUUGUUAUGAUGAAUAUUUCUUAGCUUAAUAAAGAAAUGUA